AUGCCCGUCAAGACUAGAAACGAAGUCGUCGACUUGAAACAAGCAGUUGCUACAAAAUCGCCAAUACGUCUCCGUUGUCCUUUUGCCAACUGCCGUGCAGGCAUUAUCCCUUAUUCGCUGUCCACACAAUUAAAUGUUAUCGAGAAUGCACCAGCUUGUGUUGCCAUUGAAUCACCUACAUCAGAUCCAAAAUUAAGUUCCUCCACAACAGAGUUCUAUCGUAUUGAUGAUGUAUGGGAUUUUGAUAACAUUGGUGUUAGCAAACCAUCAGAGAUACUACCAGAGCCAAUUAUCGUGGGUACAAAUAGUCAAGAAGGAGAACAAGAAAGGAUCGAUGUGGAACGAUUGUUGAUCUGUAGUGAAUGUGAUCGUGGGCCGUUGGGAUUUGCUGGAAUAAUUACUGGUGGCGAGAAGGAUCACCGAAACCUCAAAUACUUUUUGGGCCAGGAUAGUGUUGUGUACGAUGUUAAAUAA